AUGAAGGAGGUUGAGGUCAGCGAAGACCUCGACAGCAACAUCCAGGUCGCUGGACCCAUCCCCCUCGCCGCCUGGCUUAUUAUCGUCACUGAACUUUGCGAACGUUUUGCAUAUUACGGUGCCUCGAUGCUGUUCCAGCGUUACAUGCUGCAGCGCCUGCUGCUUGGCAAGAGCAAAGCAACGGCUAUUUCCCGUGGCUUCAACUUCUUCUCCUAUAUGACCGCUAUCUUUGGUGCCGCCGUCGCUGACAAGUGGCUCGGAAAGUUCAAGACGGUGCUCCUCUUUGCCAUCAUUUACACUCUCGGACUCGUCCUUUUGACCGUUUCGGCCAUUGACAGCCUCAGGGAAACAGUGGCUCUCCCCGGCUUCCUUGUUUCAAUCUUUUGUCUUAUCUCCUGGGGUACCGGUGGUAUCAAGUCCAACGUCUCGGCCUUUGCAGCAGAGCAGCUUCCCAUCGAGGACUAUCCUCACCCCAAGAAGGUCGGCUACACUGUCAACCAUGCUGUUACGGUCGAGCGUCUCUUCCGCUACUUCUACAUGGCUAUCAACAUCGGAGGCCUUCUGGGCCAAGGCAUUACCCCUGCAGUCUCAAGCUACGCCUGGGAUAUCGCCUACAUGAUCCCUGCGAUCGCUUUCGUUGUCGGCAUCAUUGUCUUCGCCCUGGGCAGAAACAAGUAUUAUGAUCGUCCUCCCAACGGCAAUGUUCUUGGAAAGUGUAUCCGCUGCAUUACCUAUGCGUUCCGUCACCGCCAUGAACGUCCUGAGGGAACUCACUGGGUCCAAAGUGCUUUGCCCCGCAAUGGCGAGACUUUUGAAUGGGACGCCAAGUUUGUGAAAGAUCUGGAGCGCACGUACCACGCCUGCAAGGUUUUCUGUAUCUACCCCUUAUACUGGGCCUUAUACAACAACAUGACCGACAACUUUGUUAACAUGGGUAUCAACAUGACACGUCCCAACUGGCUCAAGCCCGAGAUGUUGUCGUUCGUCAACUCCCUUGUCAUCGUCAUAUUUAUCCCGAUCCUCGACACGUUCAUCUUCCCCAUGCUUCGCAAGGCCGGCUUCCGCCUCGGACCAGUCAACCGUAUCAUCAUUGGAUUCUGCAUCGUCACCUUCUGCUUUGUUUAUGUCACGGUCCUCCAGCACUUUUUGUACAAGUCCGGACCAUACUACAACUUUACAGGCAAGGAUCCCAACGGCAACCAUGUCGACGUCCCCACGGAUAUCUCGUUGAUGAUUAACGAGCUUACGAUCUGGGCUCAACUCCCCGCUUACAUCUUGAUCGGCAUCUCGGAGAUCUUUUCGUCUGCGACCGGUUUGGAGUUCGCAUUCAGGUCUGCAGCACCAGAGCUCAAGUCCGUAGUAAUGUCGCUUUUCCUUUGCACGAACGCCUUUGGAUCCUUGAUCGGUAUGAUCCUGGCCAUCUGGUCGAGCGAUCCUAACUUUGUGUAUUUGUAUGCUGCUCAGGCUGUCGCUAUGGCCAUCAUGACCGUCCUCUUUGCCUGGCGCUUCGCUAGGUUAGACAAUAUGGUCUGA